UCCCAGUACAUGUCUUUCAAUGUAUUGGAAUCAGAAUCAAGCGAUACCCGAUCAGAGGAUUGUGGCCGAUCAGUAUCCAAACUUCCAUCAUAAUGACCAGGAUUGGUAAUAGAAAAUCCAAAACCACCCACAGAAAUGAAUAGUUAAAUGAAUAGAUCGAACCUUCAUAAACCGUUGACUAUUUCAGUUCAAUCGUCUUACUUCAAGCACCAGUUAGAUGCCUCAUAUGCCACCAUCAGUUUUGAAAGCUCUGGGCACAGAAGAAAAUGGCUACACCCACAAAGCUAUUCAGCUUGUGCUCUCUAUUAAUGGCCUCCCUCUUUGCUUGGUCUUCAUCUGUUCAAUUUGAUGAUCCUGAUUGGUAUUUCUGGUUUCCUCUCUAUGCGUCUGCUUGUGGUGUUAAUUUGAUUAAUGGGAUCGGGGCCCUGUCAUUGAAACCAAUCAGUAAGAUUGCUAAACUAGCACUAUGGCUUGGAGUGUUCCUGUUUAUUAAGGUUGCCGUGGAAGAUUUUGUAUAUGGAAUCGCAGGGUUCUGGUCAUUAGAUUUAAAGGAGAAAGUUGUUAGAGAGAAAUUUGGAAGUGGAUUUGUGGUCAAUUCCAUGUAUCUGCAGUUACAAGCAGCAUCUGUCCAAAAAGAUUACGUCAAAAGGAAGGAAAAGAAAGUGCCAAGAUAUGUUGAAUGCGGGAUGGCAAUCUUGGUGGUAGCCAGCUAUGGGAUGUCCUAUGGCUUCUUCGUGUUGCAAAAAGGAGAAAUGAAGAGCUGAUCAGACACAUAAAUAUACCUCUAUCAUGUGUGAUAAUAGAGCUAAUGUGCAGGGAUGAUGAAGAAACGAAGGGCUGAUCUAAGAGAGUAAUAUAUGUUAGCAAUGUACUAAACUUUCUACAAUAGCUUCUUUCCGAUAAUGCAUGUCAGCUAUAUCAGACACUCAUUAUAGAUAUUUUCUCUGCACUCUUCUCCAAAAUGAUGAAAAAUGGGUUCCACGCCAUUUCAGAAGAUGAUAAGACUAGAUUAGAAGCUUCAUUGAGUU